CUACACAGAGAUGACAAACUUCAGCUCGACUCUUACAAUAACAGACCUGAGAGAGAGAGACUCAGGGGAAUAUCGCCUCGUGUUCAUUACGGAUAAAGGAGAGAAAUAUCUGAGCUCAGCUGGAGUUACUCUAACAGUUACAGACCUGCAGGUGACCCACGACUCCACACAACAAGCUCUCACCUGCCGCACUUCCUGUCCUCUGAUCUCUACUGUUCAGUAUAACUGGCACAAGAAUGGAAAUAUCUUUGAGAAAUACAGAGACAACAUGGAAACUUUCUCUUUAAGUAAUGCUGAAGAAGGCAGUUACUCCUGCUCUGUUCACGGCUAUGGGAAUAUUCUCUCUCUUCCAGUGUGUGUUGGCAGGAGCUGUUGGAGUGUGACCUACAGAGACAAAAGAGUCUGUGCUUUGGAAGGGUCUUCAGUGGAGUUUGCAGGAAAUUACUCACAUCCCAGGGAUCUGAGUGUUAGAGAAGUAUUCUGGCAUUAUUUUCAGCACGGUAAAGUCUUCCAGGACCUGAAGCAGGAAACACAGUUUACUAAUCGAGUUGAAUAUGUGAACCAAGACAAAAGCAGCACUUUGAGAAUGAAAAACCUGACAAAGAAAGACUCUGGAGAAUAUCAACUUAGAUUCCUUACUAAUGGUGAAGGAUUCUCUGGUAAACCUGGAGUGGUUCUGAGUGUUACAGGUAAUGUCCUACACUGAACUGUCUCUAGUUCUGGUCUCUCUGUAUCGAUGUAAAUCUGUUAAAUCACUUUCCUUUAUUUUUUGCACAUUCAGAUCUGCAGGUAAGAGCGAGUCGC